AUGAGCAACAACCAAGCGGAGAAAAGAAAACGAGAGGAUGAUAACAAAGAAGAAGAAGAAUAUUCAUCGGUACAACGAAAACCAAUCAUUACCAUACCAGAUAAUAGGAACGGCAACAAUAAUAACAACAACAGGAACAAUCCGACAGUGACCCCUACGAAUACGAACAACACUACUAAUACGGAACCUCCGAGAACAAUCAGAACCAUCUCUGUAGAAGAAAAGAGCGAUGACAAUAGCGUAUACAUUGUGAAAAAAGGAGAUUUUUCCACGGAUAGGACCAUUUGUCAUAUGAAAGAAGAAAAGUCAAGUGGCUACAACGUCAUCAUUGAACAAUCAGUAAUUUGUGGAAUAAUUGAUCAUGCUUAUUCGGAUCAUCAUAAUGAGAUCAUUGGAUUGUUGGGAGGUUUUCACGACGCAAAAACCAACACUGUUUAUGUCAGCUGUUUUAAGGCACUUGCAAGAGAGGUAGAGAAUAUAGCUAUUGAUGGAGUCACAUGCAGUCCUAACGAAAUUAUUUUGGCACAAGAGUUUUUCCAAACCAAAGAUUUAACUUUUUGUGGAUGGUACCACUCACAUCCUCGAAUACCGCCAUUUCCCUCUAUGAAGGAUUUACAAAUGCAAUAUGAAAUGCAAAUGCAAGCAGCAUAUUCAUUUGGUAUUAUUUGCUCUUCUUUCUUCUCUGAAGGAACAACGAGCAAAAAGAGUGAUCUCCAAAACUUCUACAUUAAUUGCUUUAGAGUUCACGAAAGGCAGGGAUCAUUCACCGCUCUCAAAGUAGAGUAUUCCAUCAACAAUUUUGGAUGUUUAAAAUCAGAGUCACAAGUUGAAAUGGUGAAUACCAUGAAGACAUGCUUUCAAGAGGCAAAGGAAACCUAUUCCAGACUCAUGGAGGAAUCAAUACAAGAAAAUAACUUGGAAAAACAAUUGUACAUAAUGUCAAAGUAUCAAUCAUUUCUUUUUGAAUUUUGGAAUGGUUCUAUCAAUCAAAGGAUAAAAACAUUAAGACAAGACAUUUCCAAUAUGAGAGCUCAAAACUUACAUUUAAGACAGAAACUAGAUCAACAAAAUCGACGAAAGACAGUAUUUGAACCAAAAGAAAAGAAGACAAAGACUUCAGGUAUUGAAAAAUUAAUUCAUGGUAACAAGUCAAUUUCACUCAACAUUUUACACAAAAUUAAUGACCACAAUUUGGAUGUCUCUAAAAUUAUUGAAGACGAACGAGAAUGUAUGAAGUAUGCAGAGGAAGAAGAUGUUAGCGAGGACUCGGUGCAACUCUUGAAGCAAAUCAGCAACACAGAGAUACCUCUCCUCGAAUUUCCGGAUCCACCCAUUCAACAGAGAGCCAAUAACUCUGUAUUCUUUAUUUAUCGAAAAUUUAUCCUUAAUGGUGAAACGUUUAAUUCUGGUGAGAAUGCACAAAUAGAAAUAUCUUUACAGAAUGGCUUAACCAAAUUCUUAGCCAAAAUUUGUGAAGUUAUAAGAACAGAUGUAAACAACCCUGACAAAUUUCAUGGGACACAUUUGUACUUGCACUAUUUUCACAAAGCAACGUUGCUGCAGAGUCAUCUCAGCAAAGAUAUUUAUGACAAAUAUUUUAGUGACGCAGGGGAAGAUGAAUAUGUGUUCACUCCUUUGCAAACGCCAACGCAUACUUCAAUGCCAAAGAAGUUAGAACGUGUAGCCAUCUACGAUUAUUCUAAUUAUAUUAAUUUUAAGUUUGGAGGAAGGAAUGAUAACAGCAAUACGCAGGUAUUUUAUUGCAGAUAUCAACUCAUUUCACAAAACAAUACCGUUCACAUUGAAGACGUUAAGCCCGAAUUUCUAGAUAAAGCAAAACCAUAG